UUUUAAAAAAAUAAAAUAUCCCUUGACGAUAUGCAUAUGUAUUUUUGCACGAGUGUUAACUACUUUCUUUUCAUGGAGAGCAGAACUAGCUGCUUCACAAGGUGUAUAUAUAACGUGGGGUCUUACAUCCUCAUAGGACUUGUCUCUGCAUCGUUCCACUAUUUUAUUUUCCUUCAUUCAUCUUCUAUUCCUUGUUCUGUUACUGCUUUCCCUUCCAUUCAUAAUCUUCUCUUCCCUCUUCCUUCUGCAUGGAAUUAUCCUCUCAAUGUAUCACCAUUCCUGGUUCUUCAUCAUGAAGCAUAUGUUGGUCAAAAAUUCUACAAUGGGUGGUAGCCUUGGGAUAUGCCAUUUCUUUCUGUUUCUGGCCAUGCUGAAUGCUUCUUUCGUCUCAGUUCUUGGCGAUAAUGUCUCAGAUUCCUACUGGCUUCUUAAAAUGAAAUCACAACUUGUUGACCCCUCAGGAGCUCUAAAAGAUUGGUCUCCACUGAUUCCUAUCUGUAGCUGGUAUGGAGUAACAUGUUCACUUGAUCAGUCUCAUGUCGUAGGCCUGAACUUGUCCGGUUCAGGGAUAUCAGGUUCCAUGCCAAUUGAGCUCACCCACCUCGCUUCUCUUCAAACGCUUGAUUUGACCUCAAAUUCCCUCACGGGCUCUAUUCCUUCUGAGAUCGGUGCGCUACAGAAUCUAAGAAUAAUUCGACUAUUCUCAAAUUAUCUAUCCGGCAUCAUUCCUGCAGAGAUAGGUAAUUUGAAGAAGCUGGAGGUUCUUAGAAUAGGAGACAACUUCUUGACAGGUGAAAUCACACCAAGUAUAGGUAACUUGAAAGAGUUGAAAGAGUUGGGUUUAUCUUUCUGCUAUUUUAAUGGAAGCAUGCCAACCGAGAUCGGAAACUUGAAGAAUCUAGUUUCUCUCGAUUUAGAGGUGAACAGUCUAGGGGGACCCAUACCCAAACAGAUUGAAGGCUGUGAAAAGCUACAAAAUUUUGCAGCAUCAAACAACUUGCUUGAAGGAGACAUACCUUCUUCUUUGGGGUCUCUUGUAUCAUUGGAAAUUCUGAAUCUGGCCAAUAAUAGUCUCUCUGGGUCAAUUCCCUCAAGCUUGAGCCAUCUCUCCAAGUUAAAAUACUUGAAUUUGCUUGGAAACAGACUAAGUGGGGAAGUUCCUUCAGAGUUUAACAGUUUAACUCAGCUUCAGAAGCUAGACUUGUCCAAAAACAACCUUUCUGGACCAAUAAAACUCUUUAAUACCGAACUAAAGAGUCUCCAAACUCUGGUUCUGUCCGAUAAUUUUUUGACAGGUUAUAUUCCAGCCAACUUCUGCUUCAGUGGUUCCAAACUAGAGCAAGUUUUCUUGGCUCGGAAUAAACUUUCUGGUAAGUUCCCCUUGGAGUUACUCAAUUGCUCCUCACUUCAACAAUUGGACCUUUCUGAUAACAACUUUGAAGGGGAGCUUCCAACAACCUUGGACAAACUGCAGAAUCUCACAGAUCUUGCUCUCAACAACAACAGCUUCACAGGAUCUCUACCUUCGGAGAUUGGAAACAUUAGUACCAUGGAAGGCCUCUUCUUGUUUCACAACAUGUUUACAGGAAAAAUCCCGGUGGAGUUUGGAAGGCUUCAGAGGUUGAAAAUCAUAUACCUUUAUGACAACCAGAUGUCUGGUCCAAUACCUAGAGAGCUAACAAACUGCACAAGCUUAAGGGAAAUUGACUUCUUUGGCAACUAUUUUUCUGGGCCCAUUCCAGAGACCAUAGGUAAGCUCAAGGACUUGGUUCUGCUUCAUCUGAGGCAGAAUGAUUUGUGGGGUCCUAUACCUCCAAGUAUGGGGUACUGCAAAAGUCUUCAGUUAUUGGCAUUAGCGGAUAAUAAAUUGUCUGGUUCCAUACCACCCACAUUUAGUUACCUUUCAGAACUUAGAACCAUUACCCUUUACAAUAACUCUUUUGAAGGUCCACUUCCAGAGUCGCUCUUUCUUCUCAAAAACCUCAAAAUCAUAAAUUUUUCUCACAAUAAGUUCAGUGGAACUAUCCUUCCUCUUACAGGUUCAAAUUCUCUGAAUGCUUUGGACUUGACUAACAAUAGCUUCUCGGGUCCCAUCCCUUCAAACUUAGCCAUGUCAAGAAAUCUCAGCCGCCUUAGACUUGCACAUAACCAACUUACAGGAAGCAUUCCACCUGAAUUUGGUCAGCUCAAUGAGCUCAACUUUCUUGAUUUGUCUUUUAACAAUUUGACAGGAGAGGUGGCACCUCAACUCUCAUACUGCAGAAAGAUCCAACACUUUUUGCUUAAUAAUAACAGAUUGAAAGGGAAAAUGCCUUCUUGGCUAGGAAGUUUACAAGAACUUGGUGAGCUAGAUCUCUCAUUCAAUGACUUCCAUGGAACCGUACCUUCUGAGCUUGGAAACUGUUCAAAAUUGCUGAAGCUUUCUCUCCAUCACAACAAUCUCUCUGGUGAAAUCCCACAAGAGAUUGGAAAUCUUACUUCCCUCAAUGUCCUUAACUUGCAAAGCAAUCAUUUCUCUGGUCUCAUUCCUUCAUCUAUUCAGCAAUGCAAGAAGCUAUAUGAGCUCAGGCUCUCAGACAACCUCUUCAUAGGUGACAUACCAGCUGAGCUAGGAGGACUCACAGAACUCCAAGUGACAUUAGACAUGAGCAAAAACCUCUUAUCCGGGAAAAUCCCAUCAUCACUUGGAAGCCUCGUGAAGCUAGAGAGACUCAAUCUUUCUUUCAAUAAUCUUCAUGGACAAGUUCCUCCUUCCCUUGGAAAACUAACAAGCCUGCACGUGCUGAAUAUCUCGUAUAACCAUCUCCAAGGCCAGAUUCCUUCAACAUUCUCAGAGUUCCCACUAAGCUCCUUCAUGAACAAUGACCACUUGUGUGGCCCACCAUUGGUAUCGUGCUCAGGAUCUAAAGGGCAAAAUCAAGUGGUGCUGUCUAACAAAGCAGUGGCUGCAAUCAUAGUGGCCAUUGUCUUCACUUCUACUUUGAUAUGCUUAGUGUUGCUGUAUAUUAUGGUAAGAAUUUGGUGUAACUGGAGGAAAGUUGCGAUUUCAAGCGCAGAUGGAGGCAUGGAUGAACAAAAGAGAGAGGAGGCUAGAUGGAUCUGUAGGGAUAAGAAAAAGAGAAACGGAGAGUAUUGGAAUAUGAGCAUUUUUGGGUUUAUUCCAUCACCGGAUAAGCAGAGUUCAGAAUCAACGGCUUGUGUUUUCAAUCUUAAAAUGAAUGCAGAAGCAGUAGGAAAUUCCUUGGUUUGAGUAGACUUCCGAUUUGUUCGCUUGUCAUCUUUUUCCAACUCUGUCUCUCCACCUCGUAUAGCCUUGUUUUCAUUAAAAAGGAUGUUCUUUGUUGUUUUAGACUACACUAGUUUUUUGGCUUCUUGAUUUGCAGCUCGCAAGAUCUCAAUUGGAUGUAUCGAAGCAGUGAUUCAAACUGCUAUUGUUCUAGUUUCUUUUUUAAAUAAAAAAUUCAUUUACUUUAUCAAAAAAUUA